UGUGCUACUCUUGACCAGGACUGGAGCACUGGGCAGCAGAAGUUCUGCUAGCACCUCCACAGGCACCUUGGAUGAGUGGAGUCUGGCCUCUUCCUCCACAGUCAUUCACAUACACACUGAGCUGGUGUCCACCGAUAACCCACGGACAGGAUUUCAAAGUUCACGACUUAAAGCGCGAGGCGCGUAACUUCUAAUAUUAAGCAUUAGAGGGAUAAGUGUAAACGAUGACGGCUGUUGUUGAGACGCAGGUGCAGUAUAACAGCACCUACAUGAUGUCUAGUACGGAAGCUUACAUGACUCAGGAGGAUGACUGGGACAGGGACCUUCUGCUGGAUCCUGCCUGGGAGAAACAGCAGAGGAAGACAUUCACGGCAUGGUGCAACUCUCAUCUGCGCAAAGCGGGAACCCAGAUCGAUAAUAUUGAAGAAGAUUUCAGAAAUGGCCUCAAACUCAUGCUACUGCUUGAGGUCAUCUCAGGUGAGAGGCUGCCCAAGCCUGACAAAGGAAAGAUGCGUUUCCACAAAAUCGCCAAUGUCAACAAGGCUCUGGACUACAUUUGCAGUAAAGGAGUUAAACUGGUGUCCAUUGGUGCUGAAGAGAUUGUUGAUGGCAAUUUGAAAAUGACUCUUGGAAUGAUCUGGACCAUCAUUCUCCGUUUUGCUAUCCAGGACAUUUCUGUGGAGGAGACUUCUGCUAAAGAGGGUCUGUUGCUGUGGUGUCAGAGGAAGACCGCCCCCUACAGGAACGUUAAUGUACAGAACUUCCACAUCAGCUGGAAGGAUGGCCUAGCUCUGUGUGCCCUCAUCCACAGACACAGACCAGACCUCAUCGACUACUCUAAACUCAGAAAGGAUGACCCUAUUGGAAACCUGAACACUGCGUUUGAGGUGGCAGAGAAAUACCUGGACAUCCCUAAAAUGCUUGACGCUGAAGACAUUGUUAACACCCCUAAGCCUGAUGAAAAAGCCAUCAUGACUUAUGUGUCCUGCUUUUAUCAUGCUUUUGCUGGCGCUGAACAGGCUGAAACCGCUGCUAACAGAAUCUGUAAAGUUCUGGCUGUGAACCAGGAGAACGAAAGACUAAUGGAGGAGUAUGAGAAACUGGCCAGUGAGUUGUUGGAAUGGAUCCGUCGGACUAUCCCCUGGCUGGAGAACCGUUUGGCGGAGCAGACCAUGCGGGCAAUGCAGCAGAAGCUAGAGGAUUUCCGGGACUACAGGCGCGUCCACAAGCCUCCACGCGUUCAGGAGAAAUGCCAGCUGGAGAUCAACUUCAACACCCUUCAGACGAAGCUCCGUCUGAGCAACCGUCCCGCUUUCAUGCCCUCUGAGGGGAAGAUGGUGUCUGACAUUGCGAAUGCAUGGAAAGGUCUAGAGCAAGUAGAGAAGGGUUAUGAAGAAUGGCUGCUCACAGAAAUCCGUCGUCUGGAGAGAGUCGACCAUCUGGCUGAGAAGUUCAAGCAGAAGUGUGCCCUCCAUGAGGCCUGGACCACAGGAAAGGAACACCUGCUGUCUCAGAAGGACUAUGAGACGGCUUCUCUGAUGGAGAUCAGGGCUCUUAUGAGAAAGCAUGAAGCGUUUGAGAGCGACCUGGCCGCCCACCAGGACAGAGUUGAGCAGAUUGCAGCUAUCGCUCAAGAGCUAAAUGAAUUAGACUACCACGAUGCUGCUACAGUGAACUCCCGCUGCCAAGGGAUCUGUGAUCAGUGGGACAAUUUGGGAACUCUCACCCAGAAGAGGAGAGAUGCUCUAGAGCGUGUAGAGAAGCUCUGGGAAACGAUUGAUCAACUCUACCUGGAGUUUGCCAAGAGGGCGGCACCCUUCAACAACUGGAUGGAUGGAGCCAUGGAGGAUCUGCAGGACAUGUUUAUUGUACACAGUAUUGAGGAAAUCCAGAGUUUGAUCACGGCUCACGAUCAGUUCAAGGCCACUCUACCAGAAGGUGAUAAGGAGCGUAUGGCCAUCAUGGGCAUCCAGAAUGAGAUCAUGAAGAUCGCUCAGACUUACGGCAUUAAGCUGGCUGGAGUCAAUCCAUACACGGUCCUAAGCCCACAGGACAUCACCAACAAAUGGGAAGCCGUGAAGCAGCUGGUUCCCCUGAGAGACCAGAUGCUACAGGAGGAGGUUGCCAGGCAACAGGCCAAUGAGAGGCUGAGGCGCUCAUUUGCUGCUCAGGCCAACAUCAUUGGACCCUGGAUUCAAACUAAGAUGGAGGAGAUUGGCCACGUGUCUGUGGACAUUGCCGGCUCUCUGGAGGAACAGAUGAAUAAUCUAAAGACAUAUGAGCAAAACAUCAUUAACUACAAGUCCAAUAUGGACAAACUGGAGGGAGACCACCAGCUUAUCCAGGAGGCGCUGAUCUUUGACAACAAACACACCAACUACACCAUGGAGCACAUCCGUGUGGGCUGGGAGCAGCUGCUCACCACCAUUGCACGUACCAUCAAUGAGGUGGAGAACCAGAUUCUGACCCGCGAUGCCAAAGGCAUUAGCCAGGAGCAGCUAAAUGAGUUCAGAGCCUCUUUCAACCACUUCGACAGGAAGAGAAACGGCAUGAUGGACCCAGACGAUUUCCGCGCGUGUCUUAUCUCUAUGGGUUACGAUCUGGGUGAGGUGGAGUUUGCCCGCAUCAUGACCCUGGUGGACCCUAACAACACCGGCGUAGUCACCUUCCAGGCGUUCAUCGACUUCAUGACACGCGAGACCGCUGAAACUGACACUGCUGAACAGGUUAUGGCCUCCUUCAAGAUCCUGGCCUCCGAUAAGCCUUACAUCACUCUGGAAGAGCUUCGUCGUGAACUCCCACCCGAGCAGGCCGAAUACUGCAUCAGCCGUAUGACCAAGUACAUCGGCCACGACGGGACCCCAGGAGCCCUUGAUUACAUCUCCUUCUCCAGCGCCCUCUAUGGAGAGAGCGAUUUAUAAAUGUUUAAAUCAUCAUAUUUUACUCUCUUUCUCUCCUCUUUCUCUUUGCCCCCCACUUGUUUUUCUUUGCACCAAAGUUUAGCUUUAAAUGAGGGAGAGUUUUCCCUCUUUUCCUCUAAUAUACUAAAAAUUACUUUUCUACAUUCUCUGUUUUUUUAUCCCCACACAGCUACACAAAAGAAAAGCUUGUGUCUUCAUUUAAUUUACAUUCAUUUACAUGUCUUACACCCAUUCUGUAAAAAAGAAAGGAAGUGUAACAAGGUCAGGUCACUCAAAAAGAGGUUGUCCACAUUUGUAGCGGACAUGAUAUUCUCCCAUUCAUUUUCUCCAUCUGGGUUAAAAAAUCUUUAGUAAACUUUCAUUGAAAUAAAUAAAUAUCAUAUGUGAGAACUGUACCACACAAAGCCAUGACAAAUGAUUGAAAAAUAAGGGAAUUGACAAUCCAAUGGAACAUUGGAACAUACUGUACAAUUGAUGUACAGUAAUUAAAAUUAAAAUAAAGGAUGAAAAAUAAAAUUCAUAUUGAUUCUAUGUAGAAAAGUAACAUAGUUUCUAGCUAGUGCAAAAUUUUCAAUUAUACAAAAUAUCAGUCAUAGGUUAGGGUUAGGGUCAAGUGGGAAGCCAGCUCUCGGAGCUUUUGUACUGAUUUAUGUUUUUUUAUUGAGAUAUUUUGAAGAAUAUGGGAAAUCGAACAGUUCUGGGGCACCACUGACUACCAUAGUAGGAAAAAAGUACUAUGGGGUACUAUGGUGCCCCAGAACUGUUUGGUUUCCCACAAUAUUCAAAAUAUCAUCUGGGGCACCAUUGACUACCAUAGUAGUAAUUUGUUUCUACCAUGUUAGUCAGUUUGGCCCCAGGAGUGUUUGGUCUCGAUUAUGUCAUUCAGGGAGUGAGAGCUUUUGAACGGACUUAUGUUUUCAUAUAAAAGUUGAUUCUUUUAUUGGUGGAAUUCUACAAAAUAUAAUUGACCUUGAAAGCUUUAUACAUUAUUAUUAAACAUUAUUUUUGCCAAUGGAGAAAACAAAUGGGAAGCUGAUUUUUGCACUCUAAUCUGGAUGUUAAAUAGCUGUGUUUCCAAAAAUUCCUUUACAGUACAGUAUAUGCCUUCGACAUGAGUUAACAUGCCACAAGUACAACAGCCCCUUCCCUCGUGCCUUAAAAAUACUUCAUAAAAUAUACAUUAAAAAGAGUGGUUGGUGAUGCUGAGGAGCAUUUGUGAAGAUGCAUGCUGUGUGUAUUAAGCAGACAUAUGCGAGAGAGCCCCUUCUCCCAUUUCGUCUGAACUGUAUUCUAAGACCCCAAAAAGCACUACUGCUGUCCAGUGUCUUCUCAACAGGAAACUGUGAGAAUAACUGUAAAAGUCUCUACACAGAAUGUUCUGUCACCCCGUCCAGUGUUUGUAAUGUAAUGUGUCAUCCUGAUAAUAUUGUUUAUUUUGUGUCUUCCCUUACUGUGGUGUUCAGUGAUAAACACAUUAUUUGAUUCUUCUAUUUGGAGAAUGUGUGCGAAAAAUAUCAACCGAAGCCAGUAAAGGAGCUUUUAAGAUAUUGUGGCGAUAAGGAUGAUUUAGAUGCUGACAGGGGUGGCUUGUGCUAGCCCAAUAUUUGAAUGAGAACAUAAGAACAAGCUUUGCCUUCAAAUCCUUGUCAACUGGAAUAUUUCUGAAGUGCAUUAGUGAAAGCCAGGGACAUACGAGAUGAAUUCAUUACAUAAAAGUCUGGAUGUCCCUGUCCCUGUAGUGAACCAACUCUCUCUCUCCAAUAAUCAUCCGUUAUCCAAACGGAUUCCAGAUCGUCCUGUACGCUGAUUUUAAGACUUGUUAUCUACGCAAACCUAUACUUUAAAAGGAUUAGUUCAUCCAAAAAUCUGUCAUCAUUCGCUUAACCUCAUGCAUUUCCAAACCUGUAUGAUUUUAGUUUUCACAAACACAACAGAGGCUCCAGAAAAGUCGACUGCACCAUAACCUACAGAGUCUUUUAAUUCCACUUGAUACAUUUAACUGCUAGUUCAGCCCAAAAUGAAAAUGUUGUCAUCAUUUAUUCACCCUCAAGUUGUUCCAAACCUGUAUCCAUUUCUUUUUUCCACUGAACAUAAAAAAAGAUAUUUUGAAGAAUGUGGAAAACCAAACAGUUCUGGGACACCAGUAUGGUCGUCGAUGGUGCCCCAGAACUGUUUGGUUUCCCACAUUCUUCAAAAUAUCUCCUGGGGCACCAUUGACUAUAGUGGUAUUUUUUUCCAUGUCAAUAGUACCCCAGAACUGUUUGGUUUUGUGCUCAACGGAACAAUGAAAUUGAAACAUGUUUGUAACUUGAAGGUGAGCAAAUGAUGACAGAAUUAUCGUAGAAAGAGAAAGGUGGCCUCUCAGGGUCUUUAAAGGGAUGUUUCGGAAUGUUCUGAAAGUUUGGAAAGACGGUGGAAGGUUCUAGGGCAAGAACGACAGGCUUAAGAGUUGUAAUAAUUAAGGGUUUGGUCUAGUUUCUGUUGCUGAUAAAUAUUUGUUCACAAAAUUGUGUUUAUUGAAUACUACCCUUGUAAUAAUGUAACCCACUGAUUUUGGGGUAAAUUCAUUUGACUUUUCAGACCACUCUGUGUGAUCUCAUUGUGUUCUACAACUCUUCACUAUUAUACAUUGCACUCAAAAACUCAGUAUUAAGAGAUAACACGAAAACCCAAGAAUAAAACUGUAUCUCAAACAGUAUUUUCCAUCCUGAGUUUGUGUU